AUGUACAAAGACUUUGUGGCUUCGGCCCUUGAACAGGCAAAUAACCAUCCAGUCGUCACGGCUGUUGUCGGAGUCGCGCUGCUGGCAACACUGGCAACAGCUCCAGCCAGAAUCUCUGAAAUGGGGAAGGCGAAGUACUGGCACUCGACGAAAUCCCUCCGUUUGAAAAUGAAAGAUGGGCGAGCCACCUCCUUUGCCGACAUGUGCAGAGCUAUCGUCCCUCCAUGCCGACUCAAUCCGUUUCUGUUCAAUGGCCACUUACAAACCAUGUGGUCGGUCCUGACUCGCGAAUCAAUCCCCAUCUACUAUAAACGGCGCAUCUUUGAGCAUGAAGAUCCAACCUAUACCGGGCAAUUUGCCGUUGACUUUGUUACGAAACCCAACAGCGGUCAUAAUCCAAGUCUACCACCGCGGACCACGUAUUUUACGGAGGCAGAAUUCAGCAACAUUGCGUCUGACGACAGUCGGCCUAUGCUCGUCAUGCUUCACGGACUGAGUGGAGGGUCCCAUGAGCUCUAUCUUCGCCAUGUCUUGGAACCCCUAGUAGGAGAGGGAGGUUGGGAAGCAUGUGUCGUUAUUUCCAGAGGGUGUUCUAUGACCAAGAUCACCACCAGCGUUCUUUACAAUGCACGUGCAACUUGGGACAUCAGACAAACGGUGAAGUGGUUGCAGAAGACAUUUCCGAAUCGUCCUCUGUUCGGUAUUGGGUUUUCACUAGGUGCCAAUAUCAUAACCAAUUAUCUCGGCGAGGAAGGAAGCGAUUGCGUCCUUAAAGCCGCCAUCAUCCUGUCCAACCCCUGGGAUCUUCAGGCUGGCAACCUGGCUUUAAUGAGAACUUGGUUUCAUCGAAACGUCUAUGCCGCAACGAUGGGCGGAAGUAUGAAGAAGCUGUUCGAGACCCAUGCGGAGCAAGUUUCCCAAAAUCCAAAAAUCAACGUUGAUCUCAUCCGGAGUGGGAAGUAUCUGCGAGACUUCGAUCGAUACGUCCAAUGUCCGACCUGGGGCUAUCCCACCGAGGGAGCAUAUUAUCGUGAUGCGUCGUCAGUUGAUUCAGUGCUUGCCAUCAGAAUACCCUUCCUAGCCAUCCAUGCAGAAGAUGAUCCGGUGACCACAAGUGAAGCUUUGCCGCGCCGUGAGGUGCAGCAGACGCCCUACGGCGUUCUUUGUACCACACCGGGCGGUGGCCAUCUUAGCUGGUUUGAACUCGGUAGCAGGAGAUGGUUUACUAGAGUCACAACCCCAUUCUUCCAAACGAUGGCCCGAGAGAUCGACCUGGAUGCCAUCUCGAAGUCCGAGGGCAAUGAAGAGCAGCUUGAAGGGCAGAUAUCUCGGGCAGAUCGAGAACCCUUGAAACCCGUCUUUCACCCGAUGAGGAGAAAGAUGCAGAUGCCUGGCGAGUAG